GCGCCACUUCCCUCACCGUAUGGCGAGAACGGCUCCAACUCGGCUCGCGUCGGAGGCGUACACGGCGCCGUCCGCUGCCGCCGGCUCCGCCGCCGCCGCCCCUCCCGAGCGCUCCCUGUCCGUGCUGCGGCUCAUGACGUGGGCCACGAUCUCGCUCUCGGCCGUCUGCUUCUCCUCUGCAGUCAUCCAGUCGCAGCUCCUGCACAAGGGUGGGCUGCGAGGCCGCUUCGACUCUCGCGGCGCGUAUGAGGUCGCUGGUAGCUACAGCGAGGAGCCUGACGACGGCGCUGCUCUUCUCGCCGACCCAGGCCCCGACAGGUCAGCGCCGGCCGACAGCUCCGCGUCGUCGCCGCUGCCCUCUGACGCCUCUGACAGCGACGCCUCCGCCCCGAGCCCGCCGCCGAGCGACGGCUUCGGGCAGCAGUCGCAGGUCGAGUUUCUGCGCAACGUCAAGCGGCGGCUCAAGAUCGAGACGCCGAUCGACGAGACCUUUUGGCGGCCGUACGCGCGAGCGUCGGCCGAGGGCGGCGGGGGCAGCGCACCGGGCGUGGCGCCGACGAACCUGAUCUUCGUGGCGGGGGCCGAGGGGACGGGGCACCACUUCCUGACCGCGGUGAUGAUGCGCCUCUCCGAGCUGAUGCCGAUGACGCUCGUGCAGGAGCAGAUGUUCCAGGCGCCGCCGAUGCCGCGGGCGGCACGGCACACGGCUCGGAGGGCGCUGUGGUGGCAGCCGAAGGACCGCACCCCCGCAACCUUCUGGGCCGCCGUCGAGGCGUUCCACGAGUGGGUGCAGGCGGCUCGUUCGCUCGGCAAGCACCCCGCCUUCUGCGCGCGGACCUGCCUUCGGCUGUCGGGCAUGAAGCACUGCUCGUGGAUCUCGGGCAUGCAGGAGCAGCGCGAGGGCAGGCUGCUCGACGGCAGAUUCGAGAGAACGGGCAGACUGGCAGAGAGCGGCUAG